AUGGACAAGGCCGAAUCCGUCAUUCCGGAUGUGCCCGAUGAAGUCAGCUCAGGGCCAACCCUGGACGAAGAGAGGAUUGAGCGCUCCUUAGUCCGGAAGAUCGACCUGCACAUCCUCCCUUUCGUGGUGUUGUUGUAUCUCUUCAGCUUCUUAGAUCGAGUAAACAUUGGAAAUGCCCGUCUAUACGGACUAGAAGAGGAUCUCGGUCUGGUUGGGAACCAAUAUCAAGUCGCAGUAUCCAUCCUCUUUGUGACAUACUGUUUAUUUGAGGUUCCCUCAAACCUUGUGCUGAAAAAGCUAAGGCCGUCGCGGUAUAUCGCGACGAUUUCGGUUCUCUGGGGUAUCAUUGCCACCCUCACUGGAAUCACUCAGAGCUAUGGCGGGUUGAUCGCUUGUCGCAUCCUGCUAGGAGUCGUGGAAGCUGGACUUUUCCCGGGCUUCAUUACGUAUCUCACCAUGUUUUACAACAAACGGGAGAUCGCCUUGCGGACUGGCUACCUGUUCAGCAGUGCCGCCAUCGCAGGAGCCUUUGGUGGACUGCUAGCGUACGGCAUCGGGUUCAUGGAUGGUAUCUGUGGGUUGCGAGGAUGGCGCUGGAUCAUGAUCAUCGAGGGAAUUCCAACUGUGCUGUUGGGAGUCGCCACCUGGUUCGGACUAGCAGACGGCCCAGACACAGCAUACUACCUCAACAAAGAAGAGCGGAUGAUUGUUGCUCGCCGCAGGGGUCGAUACAUCGGACAGACUGACUCCGCACAAAAGUUCCACUGGGCAGAUGUCAAAGAGGGCGUGAUGGAUUGGAAGAUCUGGGCAUUCUCAAUCGGCCAAUUUGGCAUCGACACCAUGCUCUACGGAUACAGUACUUUCCUCCCGACCAUCAUCAAAGGCAUGGGUAGCUGGUCAACCCCAGAGGUCCAGGCAUUGACAAUCCCAUGCUACGCACUAGGAGCCAUUGCUUAUCUUGCCGUAGCCUGGGUAAGUGAUCACACCCAGCAGCGCGCAGUCUUCAUCUGUCUCUUCAGUGCCAUAUCCGUCGUCGGCUACGGAAUCCUGAUCUCCGACGCGUCUUCUGGCGUGCAUUACUUUGGCGCCUUGAUGGUCGCUUUGGGCCUUUAUGUCGCCGUUGGUCUACCACUUGCUUGGCUACCGACGAACCUUCCACGAUAUGGAAAACGUGCCUAUGCAACGGGCUUGCAACUUACGUUCGGCAAUAUCAGUGGUGUCAUGUCGCCUUUCCUCUACCCAACUUCUGAGGGCCCGCGUUUUGUCCGUGGAAACGCUGUUACUUUAGGCCUGGUCGCCUUUGCAGGUAUUGUCUAUGGUGGAAUGUGGUUCGCCUACCGAAUGAUCAACAAACGCAGAGCUCGAGGCGUCGAGGAUGAGAAAAUAUCGGCUCUUUCAGAGCAAGACAUUCAGGAAAUGGGCGACCGGAAUCCUAGAUUCUUGUACAGCUUAUGA